AUGGCGGUCAAACAUCACAAUGGCACCAAUCCUCUGAAAGUUGCCAUUAUUGGUGGUGGUCCCGGAGGAUUGGGGGCAGCAAUUGAGUUUGGAAAGCUGAACUAUGUUGACUGGUCACUGUACGAGAAGAAGACACAGAUCAGCGAAACUGGCGGCGGAAUCAGCCUACAACGACAUACCUGGAGGCUCCUGGAGUUGAACGGGGCUGCCAAGAAUAUUGAUCCCGCGGAUUUUUUCAGAUCUGCCGAUGGAACCAGCGGACAGUCAAGAAACGGAAGAACUGGAAAGCUUUUGGAGCAACACCAUCAUCCUAAAGAUACACCGCCGCAGCAAGUGAGCUGUCGCAUGGUCCGAGCUAAGCUGCAAGCUGCUUUGCUCAAAGAGGUUGACCAAAGCCGUAUCAAAACCUCCAAGAAGCUGAUUGACAUCACGAAGCAGCCGAACGGCAAAAUCGCGAUCCGUUUUGACGAUGGUUUCAGCGACGAAGUUGAUCUACUGGUCGGAGUAGAUGGCAUUCGAUCUUUUGUGAGAUCUUACGCUUUCCCCGAGCACAAGAUUAAAUACAACGGCCAGUCUGCCUAUCGUACAAUCAUUCACAAGCCGGCAGCCGAAAGAAUUGAGGGCAUUCCGAAGUCUCCGGUAUUUUGGCAGAACACCGGUGGAAAGUACGUGUUCACAUGCCCGCUCGGCGGGGACGACUUCGAAGUCACUGCUCGCAUCCGUCGGCCGAUCGAAGGACAGGAACAAGUUAGCUGGGGUCGGCCAUUCGACUUUUCAACCAUCGCUUCGGAGUAUGACGAAUUUUGCGAGCCCGUCCGCAAAGUCAUUCAACUUGCCGCUCAGGGCGAGACACAGGAAUUUGCACUCUUCUCUGGUCCGCGAUUGGAAAGCGUUGUCUUGCAGGACGCUAUUGCCUUGAUUGGAGAUGCAUCCCAUCCUCUAUCAGGCGCCUUCGGUGCUGGAGCUGGGUUUGCUUUGGAGGAUGUCUAUGCGUUGACGCAAAGUAUUGACUGGCACUGGAAUAACGGUGGGGGACUACCUGCAGCCCUCGAGUUGUAUGACCAGAUCAGGUCACCUCAUUAUCGCGACUUGUACAAAGUCUUGGACGAUUUCGGCGCGAUGAACACUACGCUGCUUUCAGAGAAUCUUCCUGUUAACGAGGAGAUUGAGGAACGAGUCCGAAGGGCAGCCGAGAGUAAGAGUACGUGGAUGUACCACUACGAGAUAGAUAAAGCUGUCGAAAAGCUGCUUAGGGCCACCAAUCAGCAUGGCCAGGUCGCAGCUGUGAUUUAG